AUGAGUAUAAACGAAAAAAAAAAAACAGAAAAAGUCAAAAAUGAAAAAAAUGAAAAAAAAGAAAAAGAUAAAAAAAUUGAUCUUAAUGAAAAUGUUGAUAACAUAGAAAAUAUUAUAAGUAAAAAUAAAUUGGAAAAAAAACAACUAAAAAAAGAACACUUGAAGAAAGAAGAAAACAGAAAAACAAAUGAAAAUAAAGGAAAUAAUAUAAAAUCAAAAAAGAUUGGUGAAAUAAAUAAUCAGGAAGAAAAGGAAGAAAAAAAAAAGAAAGAAAUUGGAGAAUACAUUAAUAAAGAAACCAGUGAAAAGAUAAAAGGCUGUACAUAUCUAAUUGAUACAGGGUCUAAAGAGAAAAAAAAAGCACUUAAUAAUAAUAGCAAAAAUAUAGAAAAUCUAAAAGAUAUGAAACCUGAAAUAACUUACAACGAAAAAAAAAAACAAACAAAGUGUACGAAUAAUGAAAAAAUCGAUAAAAAAAAAAAAAGCAAAAAAGUAGAAAAAGAUAAAGAAAAUAGAAUGGAAAAUGAUAAAGAAAAAGAAAAUAAAAAAGAAAUAGAAAUAGAAAUAGAAAAUAAAAAAGAAAUAGAAAUAGAAAUGGAAAAUAAAAAAGAAAUAGCAAUAGAAAAAGAAAAUAAAAAAGAAAUAGAAAUAGAAAAUAAAAAAGAAAUAGAAAUAGAAAAUAAAAAAGAAAUAGAAAAAGAAAAAGAAAAUAAAAAAGAAAAAAAAGUGAAAAAGGUUAAAGAAACAGAAAAAAAAAAGGUAGAAGGAAAAAGUAUUACUAAGAAAAAAAAUAAAGAUACUGAUUUAUAUAAAUCCAAUAACACACAAGAUGAUGAUGCGCAUUAUGAAAGAAUGAAAUAUAUUAAAAACAAAGGUAAUAUAAAUUCUAUAAGCAUAGAAAAAAUAAAAGAAUAUGAACAAAAUUUAGAAGUAAUUAAAAAAAAAAAACAAAAAGAUGAUAAAGAAGUGGAAAAAGAAAAUGAAGAGAAAAAGGAAAAGGAAAAGGAAAAAGAAAAGGAAAAAGAAAAGGAAAAGGAAAAAGAAAAGGAAAAAGAAAAGGAAAAAGAAAAGGAAAAAGAAAAGGAAAAGGAAAAGGGAAAGGAAAAGGAAAAGGAAAAGGAAAAGGAAAAAGAAAAGAAAGAAAAAAAGAAAGAGAAAAAGAAAAAAGAAAAAGAAAGUAAAAUAGAAAAAGGAAAGGAAAAUAAAAAAGAAAUUGAGGAAGAUGGAGAAGAUGAUAAAGAAAAGGAAACAAAAAAUGAAAAGAAAAUGGAAAAAGAAAAGGAAAAAGAAAAAGAAAAUAUAAUAGAAAAAGGAAAGGAAAAAGCAAAAGAAAAUAUAAUAGAAAAAGAAAAGAAAAAAAAAAAGGAAAAUGAAAAAGAAAUUAAGGAAGAUAGAGAAAAAAAAGAUAAAGGAAAUAAAAUAGAGAUAGAAAAAGGAAAAGGAAAAGGAAAAAGAAAAGGAAAAAUAAAAGAAAAUAAUAAAGAAAAUGAAAAAGAAAUUGAGGAAGAUAUAGAAGAAAACGAUAAAGGAAAUAAAAUAGAGAUAGAAAAAGAGAAAAGAAAAGAAAAUGAAAAAGAGGUUGAAGAAGACAAAGAAGAAAAAGAAAAAGAAAAAGAUAAAGAUAAAGAUAAAGAUAAAAAAAAUGAAAAAGAAAUUGAAGAUGACAAAGAAAAAGAAACAAAAGAGGAAAAGAAAAUGGAAAUGGAAAAGGAAAAAGAAAAAGAAAAUAUAAUAGAAAAAGGAAAGGAAAAAGAAAAGAAAAAUGAAAAAGAGAUUGAAGAAGAUAGAGAAAAGGAAAAGGAUAAAAAAAAGAAAAUGGAAAAAGGAAAAGAAAAAGAAAAAAGAAAAAGAAAAGAAAAUGAUAAAGAAAUUAUAGAAGAUAAAGGAAAUAAAAUAGAAAGAGGAGAAGAAAAUGAAAAAGGAAUUAUAGAAGAUAAAGGAAAUAAAAUAGGAAGAGGAAAAGAAAAUGAAAAAGAAAUUAUAGAAGAUAAAGGAAAUAAAAUAGAAAGAGGAGAAGAAAAUGAAAAAGGAAUUAUAGAAGAUAAAGGAAAUAAAAUAGAAAGAGGAGAAGAAAAUAAAAAAGGAAUUAUAGAAGAUAAAGGAAAUAAAAUAGAAAGAGGAGAAGAAAAUGAAAAAAGAAUUAUAGAAGAUAAAGGAAAUAAAAUAGAAAGAGGAGAAGAAAAUGAAAAAGGAAUUAUAGAAGAUAAAGGAAAUAAAAUAAGAAAAGGGAAAAGAAAAGAAAAUGAAAAAGAAGUUGAAAAAGAUAAAGGAAAUGAAAAAGAAAUUGAAAUUGAAAUUGAAGAAGACAAAGGAAAUGAAAAAGGAAAAGAAAAUGAAAAAGAAAAGGAAAAAAUGAAUGAACAAAUUUUUAAUAAAACAGAAAAGAUAAAAAAAAAUAUCAAGAAAAGAAAGGAGGAUAAUAAAAAAAAAAGUGAUCAAUGCUUAGAAAAAGAAACUGUUUUAAAUUUUGAAAAAAGUAUGAAUAUUGAUAAUGUAAUAGAAAAUAAUCAAGGAAAAUUUAAAAUAGAAAAAGAUAGCAAAGAAGAAAUAGAGAUAAAAAAAAGAACAGGAAAAUCAAGUAAGCAUAAAUUAACGAAUGAAAAUGAAAAUAUAAAUAAUAAGAAUAUCACUCCUAAUAGCAUUGUUAUGGAAGACUUUAAUGAAGAAGAAAAAAAUGGUAAUAAAAAAAGAAAAAUAUAUGAAAAGGAGGAAAGUUUGAUAAAUAAAAUAAACGAAAUGAACAAUUUGGAAAUAUCUAUUAAUGACAAUAAAAAUGUCUUGGAUAAUAUUCCUUACAUUUUGGAAAAAAAAAAAAAAAAUAAUGAAAAAUUGGAAGAAGAAAAAAAAAAAAAAAAAUUAAAUAAAAAUGAAGAUGUAAACAAAUUAAAACAAGUAAAAACUAUAUUAAGUGAAUCAGAGGCAAAAGAUAAAAUUUUUAAAUACAUGAAGCAAACCAAUAGACCUUAUUCUGUUAUUAAUGUAUAUGAUAACCUACAUGGUACUAUAAGCAAGAACUCCGUUCAGAAGUUAAUGGAUGAAUUGGCUGUUGAAGAAAAAUUGCAAUGUAAAGAAUAUGGAAAGGCAAAAGUUUAUCUAAUUAAUCAAAAAGAAUUUAAAAGUUUGAACGAAGAUGAAAUGAGAAAAUUAGAAAAGGAUAUUGAUAUGAUAAAAGAACAAACAGAAAUAGUUAAAAAUGAUUAUGAUAAUUUAAUAAAAAAGAAAAAAAAAUUAAUUCAAGAUUUAGAAUUAAUUCAAAAAAUUGAUGAAUAUAAAAAUUCAAUACAACAAAUUGUAGAAAAUAUAAUGUACUACAAAGAAGCAAAUAAAAAUUGUAAAUUAACUGUUGAAGAAAUUGAUAAUAUUAAAAAAAAGCACGGCUAUUUGCAUUAUAUGUGGCUUAAAAGAAAAAAUUUAUGUAUCGAAAUAAUUAAGUGCAUAGCUAGUUUAACAGAAAAAGAUACACAAGGUGUUAUUUACCAUCUAGGUAUUGAUGUAGAUGAAGAUGUUAUUCCAUCAAAUUUGUAUUUUUAA